AUGCUGUUUGCCACGGCUGCCGCCGGUCAAAGAUGUCUAGAGUUUAUGCGUCAGCGCGUGGCUCCGCACAUCGCCAACCAGAUCUUCGUGGUUAAUCUUGCCCUGGAUACGUCCAAAGAUCCUUCUCCAUUGCUGAAGCAGCUGGCGCCGACCAUUUCUGGCGUCAUCUUCCCAGAGGAAUCGUUCCCAGUGGCCAAGGAGUACUGGCAACAUACUGGCGAUGGAGUCUCAAGCCGACGGGCUGAAUUCUCCCAUGAACUUUUCAAACUUGGCCAGUUGAUUCCAACUAAUGAGCAACAGUACCAUCACGCUGUCCUAGAGAAACCUGUGCGUGGCCCAAAGCGGUAUUCAAAAGCCAAUUCCACCGGUGGUCCCAACGCAGCUGGUUCCGAGAAUAAGGCUCCUUCAACUUCCGAGAAUCCGGAUGAGGAUCGUGAAAGUUUCCAUUUCCUGGAAGAGCGUUUCGGAAGAAAUCUAAAUCUCACCCAAGUCGCCCGAGCAAAAUCUGCUAUUCGCAGAAGAAUCGCAGGGUCUCUCGCUGGUGAUGCGGACAUGAAUGAUGAGACAGAGACAAGCGGCGAUGCUAAUACUCGUGGCAUUGAAUCUCUCGAUGAGACUGACGUCUUGCUGUAUCCUUGUGGCAUGAAUGCCAUCUUCAACGCCCACCGCGCUCUCGUGGCUGCUCUGGGUUCACACAAGAGCAUCAACUUUGGAUUUCCCUACGUCGAUACGCUCAAGAUUUUGGAGAAAUUUGGACCGGGCUGCAUCUUGUAUGGCUAUGCUUCGUCGGACGAACUUGAUGACCUUGAGCGCCUCCUGAAGGAUGGACAGCGCUUCCUUGCCCUCUUUUGCGAAUUCCCGGGAAAUCCGCUCCUCGCCUGUCCGGAUCUCAAGCGGAUUCGCAAGUUGGCAGACGACUUCAACUUUGCCGUCGUCAUCGAUGAGACGAUUGGCACAUUUGCCAAUGUCAAUGUCCUCCACUACGCCGACAUUGUCGUCAGCAGCCUGACCAAGAUAUUCUCGGGGGAUUCGAAUGUCAUGGGCGGUUGCACAGUCUUGAACCCGGAGGGAAAACAUUACAGUUUGCUCAAAAAAGUCCUUGAAGAACAGAUUUACGAAAACACGUAUUGGACGGAGGAUAUCCUCUUCAUGGAGAGAAACAGCCGCGACUUCUCCAGCAGAGUGAAGCGCAUAAACGUCAACGCGGAAACAAUAUGCGACAUCUUGCGAGACGACCCUCUUGUCAAGACUGUACAUUAUCCCAAGUUUAAUCCUUCAAAACCCUACUACGAGGCAUGCCGUCUUCCUCAUGGCGGAUAUGGAGGCUUGCUCUCCGUCGUGUUCCACCACCCUGAGCACGCCCAAGUUUUCUUCAACAACCUCGACACUGCAAAGGGACCAAGUCUGGGAAGCAACUUCACGCUCUGCUCCCCUUAUGUCCUUCUGGCCCAUUAUCGGGAAUUGGAUUGGGCUGCCAAGUAUGGUGUAGACCCGGACCUGGUUCGUGUCAGUGUAGGAUUGGAGGAGCCUGAAGAGCUGCAGCUUCUCUUCCGAAAAGCUCUCGAGGCCGCAAAAGCAGUAAGCAUUGCGUGA